AAACUUACGCACGCCGAUAGGGCGUUAAAGGUGCAAUGACCGAGAAACAGCGACUUGAACGCUCUUCUCACUCUCCAUUGAGUGGUGCUGAUGGAAGAGUGAAUAAAUUGAAAAACUUAAAUCCGAUCACGGGUGAAUCUGAAGAACCCAUAUUGGUUAGCUUCGAAGACGUCAGUGCUGCCUCCUACAGGAUUCGGAAAGGGGUUAAAAAAACACCAUGUGAAAGAUCUAGUAUGUCAGAGGCAUUGAAGAUGGACUUGUAUUUCAAGAAGGACUAUCUUCAGCACACAGGAAGCUUCAAAGAGAGAGGUGCCAGAAACACACUUCUGAUGUUGUCUAAAGAGCAAAAGGAAAAAGGUGUAAUUGCAGCAUCAGCUGGGAACCAUGCCCUUGCAUUAUCAUAUCAUGGGAGAGAUCUGGGGAUACCUGUUACUGUUGUUAUGCCAUUGAAUGCUCCCAUUAUGAAGAUCUCAGCUUGUAGGAAACAUCAAGCUUCAGUACAUGUGAAUGGAGCUGAUCUUAUAGAGUCCAAAGAAAUUGCCCUCAAGAUGGCGAAGGCAAACGGAUUAGCUUACAUUAACGGGUAUGAUCAUCCUCACAUCCUAUCAGGCCAAGGGACGCUGGGUUUAGAAAUUGUAGAGGAAGUUCCCGACCUAGAGGCAGUUGUGAUUCCUGUGGGCGGUGGAGGCCUAUUGGCUGGUGUUGCUGUGGCAGUCAAGGGGUUACGCCCUGACGUGCAGAUAAUAGGUGUAGAGUCCAAGCGCUGCGCUAGCUUUCGGGCCGCAAUGGAUGCUGGUCAUCCUGUCAAGAUAGACGCCAAUCAGUCUCAGACAUUAGCUGAUGGAUUGUGUGUCUCCAAAGUUGGUUCAAACGCUUUUGCAACAGCCACAGGGCUAGUUGAUAAAGUUAUCAGUGUCAGCGAGGAUUUCAUUGCCCUCGCCAUACUACGUCUUAUUGAGGAAGAGAAAGCAGUUGUUGAAGGGGCUGGAGUCACAGCCUUUGCUGCUGUUCUUGCUGGCAUGUUACCUGAACUACAGGAUCGCAAGGUUGUGAUACCGCUCUGUGGAGGAAAUAUUGACUCUACUGUGCUUGGUCGCUGUAUUGAUCGAGGAUUAGCUGCAGAUGGAAGGCUUUGUAGGUUUAUUGUUACUGUUAGUGAUCGGCCUGGUGGAAUCGCUGAACUAACGCGACUGUUGGCUUCUCUGGGAGCCAGCGUGAAAGAUAUUUUCCACGAGAGAGCAUGGCUCGUGUCCAGUGUGUUCAAUGUUCAGAUCAAAGUAGUACUUGAAGUAAGAGACCGCGAACAUGGACUUCAAGUUAAAGAAGCCCUUCAGCUACAAUAUCCGAAUAACGUGCUGUGGGGACUGGACUCAGGAUCUACUGCCUCUACUUCAUGAAUUGCCUGAAACUAAUUACCUCUACACAAUGAAGACCAAGAAAUUCUGUGUGGGUUUGAAUUUUAUUUUCUGGUUGUGUGUGAGUUGAAGAAUGUUUUUCGGUUUUACGAAUUGUAUGAAAAAUUUGGGAUAGACAGAAACUUUGAAGUGUGAGGUUCUCCGAUGCAAAGAAGUGCUUGGGAACUCAAAGGCAAAAUGGGUCUGUUAAACUAAAGAGGAUCGUUAUAUUCACCCUUGUGCGAGGCCCUUAUUAUUAGCGCUUAGCAUGAGUGUACUGCGAAAAUAUGGGACCUUGAACAACGCGCGCCGGCGAGAGGUCUGCGAGGGUUUUGGCACUGAUAGUGCCAGACCCCGGCAAACCUCUCCCCGACUAAUGCCACUCAUCUCAAAUCUUCCCGCUGGCGGAGAAACGUAGCACUAUUAAUUAGGGCGUGCUCCCAAGCUACCUUUGUGUGGGAUUCGCCAUGUGGAUGUUCUAUUUUGUAGAUUUAUCGAAGUUAUGGGGCUGAGGAAUAUUGUAAUACAAGGGUCUUUAUGAAAAGUUUUUGUACAUGUAUUUAUUUUGACUGCCAGUCAAAUUUUGUGAGUGAAAUUGUGAAUUUUUUUUUUACCGGGCUGUUUUAAAAAGGAAAAAAAACUGAACACCUCAUAUAGUGGAGAACUGUCUCACUCUAAAGUAUUUAACUGCUUAUCGCUAUUUUUAUACAACCUGUACGUAGUCCAGAAAAGUCGUGUUUUUUAUUUAUUUCGUAACAUUUUUGCUUUAUUUGAUAAUAUUAAGUCCCUAAUGGGGAAAUUAGCAAUAUGUUAUUUAGUAGCGAAAUAUAGAAAAUAUCUUCAAAUGCCUUAAAGGUUAGUCUCAACAUUUCUAUGUAGGGUCAGUCAAAGGGACAUUCGGGAUUAGGGAGUAAAUUUGUCGCUGAUCGUAAAGGGACCGCACAAAAUGUCAAGGUUAUGUGGUCACUUUUAAGAGGCAAAGCCGUAGCGAGGGGAAACAUAUAUUGAUAGCUUUCAGAAGUCUUAAUUGCGCACAAAUGCAUCAUAAUAAAGUU